AAAGUCGAAACCAAAAAAUAAUUAAAUUACAAUAUUUAAACACAAUACUAUUACUCGCUUAUGAUCCCCGGCGAAGCUCCAACGGUAUGAACAAAUUCACAAGAUUGAGCUAAGAGAAGAAGAUUUAAUACGAUUAUUCAAAAGUAUUGUUUUUAACUCGCAGAAGUUGUCAAUUAGUGAUUUGUCUGCGAAGACUGGUUUUAUGUGUCGAUAAUUUAGUGAAAUUGGUGACUGCGUAUUUGUGAUCGUCUGUUUGGUGUAUUGUUCGAUUGAAGGGGAUUGGUAUAUGGAUAGGGAGGAUGCUGAAGCUCUUGUGGAGGCCACAGGGUCGAGAUUCAGCGAUUUAGAGCUUAUCGGAAGAGGCUCAUUUGGGGAUGUCUACAAAGGGUUUGAUAGGGAGCUUAAUAAAGAGGUUGCUAUUAAAGUGAUUGAUCUUGAAGAAUCAGAGGAUGAAAUUGAAGACAUUCAGAAGGAAAUUGCAGUUUUAUCCCAGUGUCAGUCUCCUUAUAUUACAGAGUACUAUGGAUCUUACCUGCAGCAGACUAAACUAUGGAUAAUAAUGGAAUACAUGGCUGGUGGCUCGGUUGCUGAUCUGAUUCAACCAAAUCAUCCAUUAGAUGAAAUGUCUAUAGCAUGCAUUUCACGAGACUUGCUGCAUGCUGUUGAAUAUCUUCACAAUGAAGGGAAAAUUCACAGAGAUAUUAAAGCGGCAAAUAUUUUAUUGACGGAGAAUGGUGAUGUUAAGGUUGCUGACUUCGGUGUUUCCGCACAAUUAACAAGAACAAUAUCUAGAAGGAAGACAUUUGUAGGAACACCAUUUUGGAUGGCUCCAGAAGUUAUUCAGAAUUCUGAUGGUUACAACGAGAAGGCAGAUAUUUGGUCAUCGGGUAUUACUGCUAUUGAAAUGGCGAAAGGGGAGCCUCCGCUUGCUGAUCUUCACCCAAUGAGAGUUCUAUUCAUUAUACCUCGAGAAAACCCUCCACAGUUGGAAGAACACUUUUCUCGUGCGAUAAAGGAAUAUGUUUCAUUGUGUUUGAAGAAGUUGCCUGCAGAGAGGCCAAGUGCAAAAGAGCUUUUAAAGCAUCAAUUUAUCAGAAAUGCCAGGAAGAGUCAAAAGCUUUUAGAGAGAAUCAGAGAGCGACCAAAGUUCCAAUUAAAAGAGGAUGGCGGCACCCAGGCUUUAACGGGACCUUCCGGCACUGUGAAGGUGAAAAGGGAUUCAAAAGUUGAAGAUACUAUUCGAGCCAGUAGUCAGGGGAAAACUUUAAAAUCUGCGGGUUGGGAUUUUAGCAUCGGCGGGUCAUCUAGCACUGGAACAGUGCGAAGUGCUGUAAAACCUCAAGCUAGAGAAAGAAAAGCAGAGGUUUCACUUAGUAGAGCCUCAUCGAAAAGAACACUAAAAAGUGGAAAUCGCCGGUCUUCUUCUGGAAUCACAACUAAUAAAUCUGAUGUUUCAAUUCGAAGAGAUUCUGGAGCUCAGCUUAUCGAUGAAAAACAAGACAGCGAGGAAAAUGAAGAUUUGGCUGCAAGUUGGACAGGAACAGUUGUUGUGCGUUCUCCAAGAGGGGUCAAGUCAUCCUCUGCAUUUGGUGAUCAGAGUACCUUGUCUAGAAGUACAUUUGCUUCAGCAGAGGAUGCUUCCACCAGUGGCACUUUUGUUUAUCGUGGACCACAUGAUGACUUGGAUUUACCUCGAACUCCAAAAUCCAGACUUGGAAUCCAAGAGAAAACUUCAAGUUCAUCCCAUGAAGACAGUGCAAAAAACCUUUCCGAGGCCAAGGCUGCACUUCAAAGAGGAUUGAAGAAAGGAAGUGUUAAGGAAAAGUCUGCUUUGGGCAAGGGGAACCGAUAUGGGAAUGAAAGUAAAGGGACAGAUCAAUCAACAAAUAGCUCCGACUCUCCAAGACGUUCUCGUGAUUAUGCUGAUGCACUAAAAGCAUUUCCUAGAUCACGUCAAGCAAAUGACGGCGCAAAGUCUGCAAUGUUAGCAUCUGCUCCGGUAGCUACAAUAUUAUUGUCUGCUCCGAUAGCAACACUUCUUAUUCCCUCGCUAAAAGAGGCUGUUGGUGAUGAUGAUCCAGACGCGUCCCUUGUCCGUGGAGUGGCAACUUCUUUUGCUGAAAUGGAGAGCUUGAAACCUGGAUCUUUUAAAGUGUUUAUGUCUAGGAUACUUCAGCGGCUAGCAAGUUCGGAGGAAUCCUCACUAAAGGAUCUUCAGCUUCUGGCUUCUGAUGUAUUAACUAAGGGCAGAACAGCUGCCAGGCAAACAAAUAAUGCAAAUGCAGAAACUGUAAGCAGAAAAAAGCAGCAGAACAAAGAGGCUGAUCAGAGUUCCAAUUUAAGCCCACUUGCGAAGUUCCUACUUUCAAGAUGGCAAGAGCAGGCUUCGUGAGAUCAAUUUAGAAUAGCCCUGUAGUAUUUGCAUCUUCCAGCUCGGCGGGUGAUAUAUUUUUAUUCAGUGUACAUAACAUUUACAGAUCAAUUGUUAUAGUUGUCUUGUGCAGUUCUGCCUCCUCUUUUGUUUACAUAUUCUUCAGAAGUCCUUUCAUAGUGUAAAAUUUGAUGUAUUCGUCUCA